GAGAGAGAAACCGGCUUCGUGUCGGUAGGAAACAGAAGUAGCGAUUGUUUGCGCUUAAAAAAGGGGGAGCGCAAAGUCGCGGGCGGAGGACCGGCAAGUGCAGCUCGGCUUGGCGGAGCCGCGGGAGGAGGCGAGCGGGGCUGUCACCCGGCAGCGGGGCAGCUCCUCGCCCGGGCGAGAGGCGCGGCUGCCGCCGAGGACAGAGCCCGAGGGACUCGGCAGCGCGUUCACCGCCCUCCCCGCCGCCCUCCUGGAUGCUCCGGCCGGGAUCGCUGCGCGGAGGCUGCGCGGGGCCGCGGGACGGAGGCUGCUGCGCGGAGCCCGAGCGCCGAGGGAGCCCGAGCGGGCGGGCAGCGGCAGCCCAGCCCGGCCCUCCGCCGCACCGACUGGAGGCGGCGGCGUGGGAUGGAACGGGGCAUCCCGAGCGGGACUUGGAUGCACACUGCUACGGAAGACUGUUCCCCGGAGCUGCUGCGGCUGCUAAAGGCUCAGAUCCCGACUGUGAACAGGUCACCCUAAAGAAUGGCCGAGCCUUCUGGGAACGAGCUGGCGACCGCGGCUGCCAAGGGGGACCUAGUGCAACUUACUAAUUUGUUGCAAAAGAAUGUAAACGUCAAUGCACAAAAUGGAUUUGGGAGGACUGCGCUGCAGGUAAUGAAACUCGGGAACCCCGAAAUUGCCCGGAGGUUGCUAACUAACGGGGCAAACCCCAAUCUGAAAGACAGUACUGGCUUCGCUGUAAUUCAUGAUGCAGCCAGAGAGGGUUUUCUGGACACUUUGCAGACUCUGCUGGAGUUUAAAGCUGAUGUUAACAUUGAGGAUAACGAGGGCAACAUGCCCUUGCACUUGGCCGCCCGGGAGGGGCACGUGCGGGUGGUGGAAUUCCUGCUGGAGUGCGCGGAGUGCAAGGUGGGCCACCAGAACAAGCAGGGGGCCACCGCCUACGACCUGGCCAAGCUCUACAAGAGAGCCGCCGUGGUGAAGCUCUUGGAGGACAGCAGCUUCUUCCCUGCAGUCAUGAAUUAAAUCCAGCUCGGACAUGCUUUCCUUUGGACAUACAGGCUUUCAGCCUUCUUUUAUUUUUUUUUUCUCCUUUUAUUUUUUUUUUCCUAAUAACAUUCGUGGCAACCUUGCUUCUAUUAUUUUCUCUUUUUUUGGUUUUUUUUUUGAACAGUUUUUAGGUAAUGGAAAUGUUUUAAAUCCACAAUCCCUGCAAUUUCUUACACCUGCCAUUUACAAAGUGCUCACAGACUCUGCCGUGUAUAUAUGUUGGUCGCUCAUGCUUAGUUUUCCAGUAUCAAGUUUUACAAUAUAUUUUACAUCAUUCGUAUUAAGUCAUUAAUACAAAAGCUACAUAUUCACAUACUUAAUGUUGCUGGACGUUCUUAAGAAAAAGAGAUAGCUUUCUGUGAUUUCUCCCACCUCUCAACGCAUCCCUCCUACCUUCGGUCAGGCUUAAGUGUUUGCAGCUCUGCUUUGCAUUAAAACAGCUCACAACUGUCAAUUGAAACAGUCACCUACAACUCCUGCUCAGGCAGAGCUGUGAAGUCAAAGGCUGCUUGGCCUGAGGACAGAGGAUGGCUCUUAGAGGCUUUGGGAAAUAGCUGCAUUUUGACACUAACAAGAGCUUAUAGAACUAGGUCACUUGCUUUCUAAAUGUAGAUGACACUUUUCCCCUUUGUAUAUCUAAACUUUCACCAAGCUGAUUUUGAGUUUAGUUGCCAGAAACUGUGUAAGUGGUGGUUUUUUUGUUCGCCAGAGGUUUUAAACAACUCAGUUCAGUAGUUCGUGUUUACUGUACACUGAACAAGACGUUUUUUCCAGUUUCAAAACAAGCAGCAGAGAACCACUGUCAGAGGCAAGAGGACACGAAGGCUGCAAUACACCGGGUUUUCUUGGCACUUCAUAAGCUGAGUGCAGUUUAGAUGCUUUUUAGGAAAUGUUUGCUUUCCACCAACUGUUCUGGUUUGCCUGGAAAUAAACUAUUUUAAUGAUAGAUGCAUCUCACAAAUCAGGAAUAUCUGAAUACAGUGACAUUUAAGAAGCAGCACAUUUGAUAUGAGGGAAGUUAUGUUAUUGCUUGCACUUAAAACACAAUUUAACCAUUGAAAGUUUUCCAUGGCAGUACAGUUGAGAGUAUUCAUCAGACUCAAACUCAUUUACCUCUCCAGCUACAACAGAGGCUAACGACACCCAGCAGAACAUCGAAAAGAGUUUAGUAAGGAACUUUUAAUAUUUGUACAGGAUGUAGUUGUUGAUCCGAUGGGCAGUUUAAAAUUCUUUAUUUUGAAUAAUCUAAAUUUUAAUUACGGAAAAUAGAAGGUCUAAAAUCAAUGCAAAAUGAAUAGUACCUAGAAUAGCACUUAAAAAGGAGGGGAUGUGUGCAUUAGCUUAGAUUUUAACUCUUAAAAAAAUAUUUUCGCCCCACAAAACCAGUUACUACUGUUUUCAAGUAAAAAGUAAUUUGCUGAAACUGUCUGUCACGUUUACUAUAUCAUCUGUCACACUGCUGUGUUUUCUGAUUA